GGAGGAGGAGGAGGAGGCGGCGCAGAAGGCACGGGAAGAGGCAGGGAGGCGGGCCCAGGAGGAGACGGCGCGAAAGCAAGAGCACGAGGCGGAGAGGCGAGCGCGCGAGGAGGCGGACAAGCGGGUCAAGGAGGAGGCGACAAAGCAGGCCCAGGAGGAGGCGGCGCAGAAGGCACAAGAAAAGGCGGAGAGGCGAGCUCGCGAGGAGGCGGACCAGCGGGCCCAGGAGGAGGCGGCGCAAAAGGCACAAGAGGAGGCGGAGAGGCGAGCGCGCGAGGAGGCGGACCAGCGGGUGCAGGCGGAGGCGGCGCAGAAGGCACAAGAAGAGGCGGAGAGGCGAGCUCGCGAGGAGGCGGACCAGCGGGUGCAGGCGGAGGCGGCGCAGAAGGCACAAGAGGAGGCGGAGAGGCGAGCGCGCGAGGAGGCGGACCAGCGGGUGCAGGCGGAGGCGGCGCAGAAGGCACAAGAAGAGGCGGAGAGGCGAGCUCGCGAGGAGCGGACCAGCGGGUGCAGGCGGAGGCGGCGCAGAAGGCACAAGAGGAGGCGGAGAGGCGAGCGCGCGAGGAGGCGGACCAGCGGGUGCAGGCGGAGGCGGCGCAGAAGGCACAAGAAGAGGCGGAGAGGCGAGCUCGCGAGAAGGCGGACCAGCGGGCCCAGGAGGAGGCGGCGCAGAAGGCACAAAAGGAGGCGGAGAGGCGAGCGCGCGAGGAGGCGGACCAGCGCGUGCAGGCGGAGGCGGCGCAGAAGGCACAAGAAGAGGCGGAGAGGCGAGCUCGCGAGGAGGCGGACCAGCGGGCCCAGGAGGAGGCGGCGCAGAAGGCACAAGAGGAGGCGGAUAGGCGAGCGCGCGAGUUGGCGGACCAGCGGGUGCAGGCGGAGGCGGCGCAGAAGGCACAAGAAGAGGCGGAGAGGCGAGCUCGCGAGGAGGCGGACCAGCGGGCCCAGGAGGAGGCGGCGCAGAAGGCACAAGAGGAGGCGGAGAGGCGAGCGCGCGAGGAGGCGGACCAGCGGGUGCAGGCGGAGGCGGCGCAGAAGGCACAAGAAGAGGCGGAGAGGCGAGCUCGCGAGGAGGCGGACCAGCGGGUGCAGGCGGAGGCGGCGCAGAAGGCACAAGAGGAGGCGGAGAGGCGAGCGCGCGAGGAGGCGGACCAGCGGGUGCAGGCGGAGGCGGCGCAGAAGGCACAAGAAGAGGCGGAGAGGCGAGCUCGCACAGGAGGAGGCGGAGAGGCGAGCCCGCGAGGAAGCGGACCGGAGGGCCCGGGAGGAGGCGGCGCAGAAGGCACAGGAGGAGGCGGAGAGGCGAGCCCGCGAGGAGGCAGAGAGGCGAGCGCAACUAGAGGCGAUCCGUGAGGCAGAGGAAAAGGCGAGAAGGCGAGCGCACGAGGAGGCGGCCCAGCGGGCCCAGGAGGAGGCGGCGCGGAAGGCACAAGAAGAGGCGGAGAGGCGAGCUCGCGAGGAGGCAGACUGGCAAUCGCAGGAGGCGGCGGCGCAGAAGGCACAGGAGGUGGCCGAGAGACGAGCGGCCGAAGAGACAACCAGGGUGGCCCAGGUGGAGGCGACGCGGAAAGCACAGCAAGAGGUGAUGAGGCGAGCGCACGAGGAGGCGAACCCGCGGGCUCCAGACAGGGCGGCGCGGAAGGUCCGGGAGGAGGCGGAGAGGCGAGCGCGCGAGCUCGUUCCUGGGUUCUUCCCGGGGCGCACGGAGCCGGCAGCGGCACGGGAUCGGCAGGCAGAGCCCGCAGGCGCGGCGGGCGGCGGGGGACGCGCGGAGACGGGGGGGCCCGACGGCGGCGCGGCGCUCGCGCUCCGCGGCUUCGAGGAGGCCCUGGGGCGCGUCUGCGGCAGGCUGGAGGACUGGCUCGCCG